AUGUCGUGCAUCAGACAUCAGCUAGCGGAUGCAGACAAGGAUGACGGUGGCAUCGUUGCAUUCGACCUAGAACGACCUCGGCUUCGUCACCGCGUGCAAUCCGAGAGCAUGUUAUCAACGCAAGCUUCCCGGCGCAUGUCAUUUGUCGCUACUCGGCUUCGUAAGACAUCGCUGCCUGGUCUCCCGCGCGCUAGCUCUUCCAGUCCGCCCGGCAGCACACUCACGGUCAAACGACUUGCACGAUCGCGCUCUAUCGAUAUUCAUGCAUCAAAGGCCAAAGAAGCCAGUGCGAGGCUUGCUCAGCAGAUCCGAUCGGCACAGACGCUCGCAGCGGAACUUCAACCCGGCCAGCGGUCCGUCGUGACACCAUCAGCAUGCUCGCCAGAUUUGGUUGGCGAUGGAUCAGAGAUGGCGACAAGUCGAUCACGCGACUUGCGCAGAGCUGCAUCCAGAUUCUUCAGGACGCGCAAAGCUAGCUCAUCGUCCCUUGGCUCGCCUGUGAUGGCGGACGACCAAGUAGAGGUGCUCAGAGAUUUGUACUAUCAAGCAAGCAAGUCGCCGCUCAGCCAAAAAUGCUGCAAAAGUAUGUCUACGCCGUGGCAUCAAGUUUGCGACUUGAGGCAAAUCCACUUCCGAAGCCCAGCGAGCGCGAUCCUGCCAUCAAGAGUUCCCGGAAAGAUUUCCAGAUCUGCUCCGUUACCGGACUCGAUUGAAAAUCUAGUCAUCAAGACGAAGCACCCAUCUCUGCAGAAGGGGCUUGCGAUCUUGUCCGAGAGCUCAAGCUAG